AGUUAGUUAGAUAGAUAGAUUACCCUAUAUAAUCGCCGCCGCAGCGCCUGGCCAGUAGCUCCCUCCGUCCGAUGAAUGGCCAGGCUGCGCUAGUGUUGAGAAUGAAGGAGAAGGAAAUUCAUUCAUAGCCGCUCUCCUUGGCAGCGACAACGCGAACUACAAUGCCGUCGCUGGAUUUUUGAGGUGAUUGGCUACUGCCUUCGAGUGUUGUCGUCGUCUUCAAGGAUAAGAAAUAGUAAGGUGUUUCAGUUCUUAAUUAGGGUUUAGUGUGACAAAAAUGGAGUUGCAAAUCAAGGUAGCGCAGGCUGUUCAAGUUCUGAAUCACGACGCCCAGUCCUGCAACCGGGUGGCUGCUAAUCAGUGGCUCGUUCAGUUUCAGCAGACCGGCUGUGCUUGGGAGGUUGCGACUUCCAUCCUCACCACCGAUCACCUUCACCGUCAUAUUCCUUCUCUGGUCUCCAAUUCAGAAGUCGAGUUCUUUGCCGCCCAGAUUCUGAAACGAAAGAUCCAUAGCGAAGGACAUUACUUACAAUCUGGGCCCAAACAUGCUCUGCUGAAUGCUCUACUUUUGGCUGCAAAAAGAUUUAGUGCUGGUCCUCCCCAGCUUUUAACACAAAUAUGUCUUGCACUUGCUGCCCUUAUUCUUUCUUCUGUCGACGAUAAGAAACCCAUCGAGCAGCUAUUUUACAGUCUGCAGACUCUGCAGAAUGACGAUGAUGGUAAUGUUGCUGUUUUGGAGAUGCUCACUGUUCUUCCAGAAGAAGUUGCUGACACGCGAAGUACUGAUAGUAGUAUAAGUUUAUUCCAAAGAAGCCAAUAUGGCCAAGAGCUUCUUUCACGCACUCCUAUGGUACUCGAGUUUUUGCUGGAACAAACUCUGAAGAAGUACAACGGUAUUGUCCAACUACAUGAGAGGGAUAGGAAGAUUCUUCGUUGCUUGCUAAGUUGGGUUCGAGCUGGAUGCUUCUCAGAUAUUUCACAGGACUCAUUACCGACACAUCCGCUUCUUAAUUUUGUCUUCAACUCUUUACAGGUUUCAUCCUCAUUUGAUUUAGCAAUUGAAGUCCUCAUAGAGCUUGCAAGUCGGCAUGAGGGACUACAACAGAUUCUGUUAUACAGAAUUCAUUUUCUUAAGGAUGUGCUUCUUCUUUCUGCUAUUAAUAAUGGGGACGAGAAAGUGAUUAGUGGCCUUGCAUGCUUGAUGUCAGAAAUUGGACAGGCGGCUCCAUCUCUCAUUGUUGAGGCGAGUGUUGAGGCUCUAGCGUUGGCUGAUGGACUAUUAAGGUGUGUGGGAUAUCCAAGUGAAGACUGGGAAAUUGCAGAUUCAACAUUGCAAUUCUGGUCUAGUCUUGCAAGCUAUAUACUUGGCCUUGAUGCUAGUGGUGCGGUAGACAAGAAACAUGUGGAAGCCAUUUUCUCCUCCAUCUUCUUAACAUUGGUUGAUGCACUUUUAUUGCGAGCCCAGGUUGACGAAGCAACAUUUAAUGACCGGAGUGGUGUUCUUGAACUACCUGAUGGUCUUGUCCAUUUCAGGAUGAAUCUUGUUGAACUUAUGGUGGACAUGUGUCAGCUUGUAAGACCUCCCCGAUUUGUACAAAAGCUCCUUUUUGGUGCCUGGCCACCAGCAAAUGUACCAAUUCCUUGGAAAGAGGUGGAAACUAAAUUGUUUGCUCUUAAUGUGGUUUCUGAAGUAGUCUUGCUGGAAGGCCAGAUGUUUGAUAUCUCUUCCAUCAUGCAAUUAGUCACGAUGUUAUCCACUUGGUCUGUAGAUGACCUCAGUGGAUUCAUGGGCGUGGUACGCAGAUCACUAACAGAUGUUGUUGGUUCCUACUCCAAGUGGAUAUCUGCUUCUCCAGCUAAUUCCAGACCCUUGCUAUUAUUUCUUGCUGCAGGGAUUUCAGAGAAUCAUUGCUCAACUGCUUGUAUGUCUGCCCUACGUAGAUUUUGUGAAGAAUCUUCACCUGUAAUUUAUGAACCUGCGAAUUUGGAAAUACUUUUAUGGGUAGGAGAGGCUUUGGAGAAGAGGCACUUACCUUUAGAUGAUGAAGAAGAAGUAAUAAGUGCAAUAAGCUCAAUCCUUGGUUCCGUACCAAAUGAAGAACUAAAGUACAACUUGUUGGCUAGAUUGCUCUCCUCGAGCUAUGAUGCCUUAAGAAAACUUGUGAAGGUCCUAAGUCAAGAGCCAAAAUCGUCAGCUGAGAUUAAUGAAGAUGGUGAACAUUCUUAUAGACAAAAUCCAGCUACUUAUACUCAGCUUUUGAAUGGAGCAGCGAGAGGAUUACAUAGAAUAGGAAUUGUAUUUGCUCAACUUGCAAUGUCAAAACCCAAUGGGCCCGCUACAGAUGACCCUUCAAUAAGGUUGCUACGGGUGUUCUGGCCCAUGUUGGAGAAGAUUUUCAGAUCCGAAUACAUGGAAAACAGUAACUUGUCUGCGGCAGCUUGUCGUGCGCUUUCCCUUGCAAUUCAAUCGUCUGGGCAACAGUUUCUAGUUCUACUGCCGAGUGUUUUAGAUUGCCUGUCUACAAAUUUUCUGGCCUUCCAAAAUCAUGAAUGUUACAUUAGGACAGCUUCCAUUGUUAUUGAAGAAUUCAGCCAUAUGGAGGAGUACGGUCAUCUGUUUAUCAGAACCUUUGAAAGGUUUACCCAAGCAGCAUCUGUUAUGGGUCUGAAUUCAUCAUAUAUCUGUGACCAAGAGCCUGAUUUGGUGGAAGCCUAUGCAAAUUUUGCAUCCAUGUUUGUCCGAAGCUGUCCUAAGCAAGUUUUAGCUGCAUCUGGGUCACUCCUUGAAAUUUCAUUCCAAAAGGCUGCUAUAUGCUGCACAGCCAUGCACCGUGGAUCAGCGUUGGCUGCAAUAUCAUAUUUAUCAUGUUUCUUGGAGGUUACCCUUGAUGUUAUGCUGGAAUCCAUCAACUCUGUGCUUGAGGGAUCAUAUUGUUGCAUUGCAAUUCAGCUCAUAGCUCGUAGAGGUGAAGGGCUAGUAUCAAAUAUUGUUUAUGCUUUGCUUGGUGUUUCAGCAAUGUCUCGGGUUCACAAGUGUGCAACCGUGUUGCAACAAUUGGCUGCGAUUUGCAGGUGUUGUGAUAGAACAAUUUGGAAUGCUAUGCUCUGUUGGGAUUCAUUGCAAGGAUGGCUGCAUUCAGCGGUGCAUGGCCUUCCAGUGGAGUAUCUAAAGCCAGGACAAGAUGAUACAUUGGUUCCAGUUUGGUUGGACGCUUUGGCUGGGGCUGCAGCCGACUAUCUUGAUAGCAAGAGUUCCAAGGGUGUUAAGAACAAUUAUGGGCAUAUGCAAGGGAAAGGUGGAAGAGUCCUCAAGCGUAUAAUUCGAGAAUUUGCUGAUAGUCACCGCUGUGCCUUGACCCAAAUUUGAGUAUGUAUGUCUAUGGAAGCUCAGCAGUUUCAUUUAUGAGCCAUCACCAAUAUUCUACAUCGCUUUUCCAGCUUCCAUUUUGUGUGGUUAUCGGAUUUGGGUAAUUAGCUCUGCUGCAUUUGCCCCCUUGUUUGUUUGUACAGUUGCAUCUCACCAGGCUGGUUAGCUAAUCAACCUUCAAUAUUCAAUUGUGUACAUCCCUCGCUUAAAAGAAAACAAGUCCGACGUAACUUUUGUCAAGGUUAAUCAAAGCUUAAUCGUUAUCAUAUUUUAUGCCCGGGAUGUUUGUGUAGUUUGUGUAUGUUUAACGGUAUGUAGUCUUGAAGGAAUGAACUAGGAACCAAUUCGGGAUGUCAGGGACGUGAAACAGUUGAAACGAGGACCAAAAGGCUGGACAUGGCCUCCAAGACAGAAGUGGCAACAGUCUGUCCCAGUUUCUAUCAAAUUUUAUCUGAUUUUGAGCCAAAAUAUUG